AUGUCAAAGAUUGAAGAGAUCGACACGCGUGUUAAAGCAUAUUUAUACGAAAUUGACUAUCACAGAUGGUCUCGAGUACAUGCUACGGUGAACAGAACUUGGACUAUGACAUCAAACAUUGCAGAGUCAUUGAAUGCGGUAACAAGAGAUGCAAGAGAGCUGCCGAUAGUAGAACUAUUAGAGUACAUGAGGACUCUUCUUGAACGUUGGACUAAUGAAAAGUUAUUGAAAGCAAAGGGUACAUUCACAUACCUUGGGUUUAAAUACAACAAAGAGUUGGAGGACAACAGAACAUUGUCGCAGAAGCUUAAAGUGAGGGCUUCAACAGAUUACAUCCAUAGAGUGCUAGAUGGUGUGAGGCGCUAUAUUGUUUGUCUUGAAAAUAAGAGAUGUAGUUGUGGACAAUUCCAGCUUGAUGAACUUCCUUGUGCACAUGCUUUGACUGCUUUAAAGCACAAGAAUGAGUCUUAUGAAAGAUAUUGUUCUCCUUAUUACACGAGGGAGAGCCUCUUGCAUACUUAUGAAGUACCAGUAGACUCGCUGCCUGAUGAAAGCAAAUGGAAUGUGCCACAACAUAUAGCUGAAGAAGUUGUAAAUCUACCUACCGGGAAAAGACACCCAGGAAGACCUCAAAAAUAA